AUGGCGGACGGAUGUGUGUAUGCGAGCUCUGAAGCCGUAAGCGUCGAGCAACGUGAAUUCUCCUUCGAGCAAGAUAUUCCAGACCCUGCAACAUAUGUCUUUUCUCUCAACACGGACGAGUUAAAAGCAGAACUGAUCAAGCGUGGAUUCAAACGAAGUGUAAAUAAAAGCGUAUUGAUCGAUCGACUACGAGCCGCCAUUCAGUCCCAAGACCAUGGCGAAGAGCCGAUUGAGAGGAGCAGCUCUACGCCGCAAAAUGUAACAAUUGACGCAAAAUGUAACAUUAAUGCGAAAUGUAACAACUUUUGAGGCGAAAUGUAACAUCAACCCGAAAUGUAACAACUUUUGACGCAAAAUGUAAUAACUUUUUAACGCGAAAUGAAACAAUAUUUUUAACGCGAAAUGUAACGAGAAAAAUGUUACAGCCCUGAAAUAACUGAGAGGUUUGGACAUUAGCCUUGUAGAUAAAGUGUAAAUUGUCUGGUGGUUACAAAAACAGUUUAUUUAUAAAGUUUUCUUAUAAUGUCAAAUAAACUUACAAAACGUUUUUCGGUAAUAGUAACUAAAUCCUGAAACAGUAGAACGAAUUGUUGUUUAGUAUAUCUUUCUGUACUUAUGUGUGACGCUUAAAAGAAAGUUGGCGUUACAUAAUCCAGGAUGUAUUAGAUGGGUUAGGAUGGUACAUUUUUAGCAUACUCCCUCUAGCUAGGGAGUUGAGCCCGUAUGAAAUCGAGGCGAGUAUUGAUUACUGAUCAUUCUUUUCACACUUUCAUUGAGUGAAGACGCUUUCUGUUUUUAUCACACGCUGUCUGUUUUUACCCACCUCCUCCCCUUUUCCCUAAAAGGAAAGUGUGGCAGAGCAGUCAUCCGACUGCGUGAGAUAAUCAACAAUGUUAAAUGGGCGUUGGCACGGUUAAGUUUUAAGGCAGCAGGACUGGGUUGUAUGAAAUUUCUCACAUUUACUGGAAGUCCGUUAAGAAAUGAGAAAUUUCAUAUCUAUGUUACUGACUACGUUCAAAAUUUUCUUUUGAAAGAUUACCUAACUUAACUUUUACUUUUAACUUGCAUUUCAAUUGCUGAUUGGUGCGUGUUUCCUACGGUGUUAUUGUUUACAUUUCUAUUCAUAUUCUUUUCGCAUAACUUGGGAUAUUUUCUAUACGUUAUGUUUAAUAAGUUAGCGUUGUUGUUAUUGUCCAUACUGCUAUUCCAAGGUUAUACAUGAUUUGUAACUUUAUCACCUGUUUUACGACCUUUUGUAAGUUUAUUUGACAUUAUAUUGUGCGUCAAAAAGUUGUUGCAUUUUGCGUUAAAAAGUUAUUACAUUUUGCGUCAAAAGUUGUUACAUUUCGCGUUAAUGUUACAUUUUGCGUCAAUUGUUACAUUUUGCGGCGUAACAAGCUCGAACGCUGACAUGGAUGAACGUUUAACGGCCCGGUCUUGUUCUAAUAACAAGCUCAUAUUUGAAGAUUUAUAUUCUUUUAUUGAGGCUAAAGUUAAACAAGUCUGCCGCUUUGAAAUUGAGAAUCUUAAAUCUGAAGCGAGCGCGUCUUAUGCAAAUGAGCUGGUCAUCACUGCAGAAUGAGAACAAAGAUCUUCAAGACAAAUUGCAGGAGUUGCCAGUCCCACCACACCAUUUUGAAACAGGAAGCUAAUUCGCUGCGUGAAGAGAACAGGAGUCUUUUAACAGCCAUCCGACUUAUGAGCAACGAACUUCAAAACCCGAAUGAAGGAGAGUGUGUUCCUGUUACUUCCACUAAUUUGCAUGAGCAAAUAUCUGAAUGUGUGAACGGUGUGUCACCAAUGCAUGACAAGGAAUCCCCCUGGGUAUCUGUAAACAACGCGAAGUCCAAACAGAGGAGCAAAAGAAAACGCAGCAAAAAGGCAAAGCUUACAGCGACCGCAAACCCAGCCGAACCACAUCGGCCGCUUAUUGAGCAAAACCAAUCUAGCCAUUAAAAUCGGGAAACUCCCAAUGCGGCACAGCAAAUUCAGAAUCCUUCUUUUUCGGUCUCUUGUGGAACUCUAUCAACAGAUCAUAUGGCCAAAAAGAAGCUUGUCUUCAUAGCUGGGGAUUCCAUUAUUCAACACGUCCAGGGUUGGGAUCUAUCAACGAAUGAUAAGGAUGUUGCAGUCAAGUCCUUCUCGGGUGCUCGAAUUGCACAUAUGGAUGAUUAUUUAAGGCCUCUUCUUAGAAAGAAACAGGAUGAAAUCAUCCUCCAUGUGGGAACUAAUAACAUACGCGAUGAAAGCCUGCGUAGCGUGGAUGAGGGCAUUGUCAACCUGGGUAACUCAGAUCCAACACGUUUCCCCGACUACACACCUUGCAAUUUCACCUCUGCUACCCAGGUCAGAUAACUUAGAUUUUAACGACAAAAUCAAGGAGGCCAAUAAGGUCUUAAAGUCGUUUUGUAGCUCUCGUGGGCUUACAUUGCUCCGCAUUAAUAAUAUAGACUUCACUUGUUUAAAUCGUAGGGGUGUUCACCUUAACCGCACAGGGUCUUCACUUCUUUUAAAUUUUUAUGCGGAUUAUCUCUACUUGACUAUUUGGUAA